AUGUCCUUCGACGAUCUACAUAAAGCUAAUGAACAACAAUUAACUUCAACUGUUGACAAAAUUGUCAAAGAGUUUGAAGUUACUCCAGAAAAAUUAGAUGAAUUAGUUGCUUAUUUCAUUGAACAAAUGGAAAAGGGUCUUGCCCCACAAGAUAAUGAGGAUAAAUCAACUAAUAAAGGUUUACCAAUGAUUCCAUCUUAUGUUACAGGUACACCAAAUGGUACAGAAAAGGGUACUCUUUUAGCUGCUGAUUUAGGUGGUACCAAUUUUAGAACUUGUUCUGUCACUCUAAAUGGUGAUCAUACUUUUUCAAUGGAACAAAUGAAAUCAAAAAUUCCUGAUGAAUUAUUAGAACCAACUGGUGUUACUUCUGAAAUGCUAUUUGCUUAUUUAGCAAGAAGAACUCAGUUAUUCAUGAAAAAAUAUUAUGAAGCUGAUAUGCAAGCUGGUAAAGAAUUUAAGUUAGGUUUCACUUUCUCUUACCCUGUUGAUCAAACUUCUUUAAAUUCUGGUACUUUAAUUAGAUGGACUAAGGGUUUCCAAAUUGCUGAUACUGUUGGUGCUGACAUCGUUCAAUUGUUCCAAGGUGAAAUUGAUAAAUUAGGUAUGCAAAAUGUUAAAAUUGUUGCUUUAACUAAUGAUACCGUCGGUACUUUCUUAUCUCAUUGUUAUUGUUCUGAUAAUACUGAUUCAAUGACCACAGGUGAAAUUUCUGAACCUGUCAUUGGUUGUAUCUUUGGUACAGGUACCAAUGGUUGUUACAAAGAAGAAAUUUCUAAAUUAACUAAAGUUCCUCAAGCUAUUAGAGAUAAAUGGGCUGAACAAGGUAAGACUCAUAUGGUUAUUAACACUGAAUGGGGUUCCUUCGAUAAUGAUUUAAAACAUUUACCAACUACUAAAUAUGAUAUUGAUAUCGAUCAAAAAUUCUCUUCAAAUCCAGGUUUCCAUUUAUUUGAAAAGAGAGUCUCUGGUAUGUUUAUGGGUGAAAUUUUAAGAAACGUUCUUGUUGAUUUACACUCUAAUGGUUUAAUCUUCAACCAAUACAGAACUAAUGCUCAAUUACCUCAUCGUCUACAAACUCCAUUUGAAUUGGAUUCUGAAGUUUUAUCUCAUAUUGAAAUUGAUGAUUCUACUGGUUUAAGAGAAACUGAAUUAUCUCUAUUACAAUCUUUAAGAUUACCAACUUCUCCAACUGAACGUAGAGAAAUUCAAAGAUUAGUUCGUGCUAUUUCUCGUAGAUCUGCUUACUUAUCUUCUGUUCCAUUAGCUGCUAUCAUCAUCAAGACUGGUACUCUAGAAAUGAGAUACCAUGGUGAAGUCGAAAUCGGUUGUGAUGGUUCCGUUGUUGAAUACUACCCAGGUUUCAGAUCUAUGAUCAGACACGCUUUAGCUCUAGGUCCAUUAGGUGCCGAAGGUGAACGUAAGACUCAUUUGAAGAUCGCUAAGGAUGGUUCUGGUGUUGGUAGUGCUCUAUGUGCUCUAGUCGCUUAG